AGACGUGAUGUUCAUCCACUUUUUUAUUAAUGUCCGCUAAAAUCUUAAAUUUUCACAUGUCUUCUCUUUCUGCAACUCUUUCUUGACUUCUUGUUUUCUUCUUCCUCUGUUAUAUAAGCACACAAACUCAUCCUCGUUUUCGAUUUAUCCCCGUGAUCUCACCGUUUUCUCGCCCUAAUACCGGCUUUCGAUGUCAUUUUCUGUGUUGAAUUUUGGGGUUUUUGAUUAGCUUUCAAUCCUCGCGACUCUUUGCCGGAUUUUAUUUUUCUAUCGGGUUUUCUUGGAGUGAAAGGUGGGUUUGAAAACGUCGAUCCUUUAAUCCAUUUAUUGCAGAGUUUCGCCGGAGUCCGCAGUUUCCGGUGACAUUCGGUCACCGACAAUAGCGGGUUUUCUCGAUUUGACAAGAUUCUGUUGUUUUAGUCAAGAGAAACAGUAAUUGAUGAGAAAAUUACAUUAAAUAUAGAAAUUCUUACCAUUUUCCUCCUUUAAAUUAUACUUGUUCGAAUCAAGAUAUUAAUAUCUCUCUCUCUCUCUCUCUCUCUCUCUCUCUCUCUCUCUCUCAAAACAGGGGAAAUCCCGAAAACAUCUCUUCUUCUUCGAUUUCAUUUUCAUUCCCUUGUUUGUAAUCGUCGUUUUUUCCCUGUCUUCUUCGUAAGGAGGGAUUCGUCUGUUUUUUACAGGGUAGGAGAGAGAAACAUAAAACCUCUAGAAAUCUCUCAUCCGCCCUUCCUUUCUCUCUCUAGAAAUGGUUUCAGAGAAAAGAUCCAACCUUGAAUGUUUCCUGGAUUCCACAACCCCUGUUGUUCCAUCCCAAUUCCUCUCCAAGAGUGAGAUUAGGAACCUUAAUAAGCUAUGGCAUCCAUGGGAAAGGGAGAGAGUUGAAUUCUUCACGUUGGGAGAUCUUUGGAAUUGUUUCGAUGAAUGGAGUGCCUAUGGCGCCGGAGUUCCGAUCAACGUCGACGACGCCGGAGAUGAAACUAUUGUUCAGUAUUAUGUUCCUUACCUCUCCGCCAUUCAAAUCUUUACAAGCAAUUCAUCUUUGAACUGUCAAAGGGAAGAAACAGAUUCCGAAACCAGGGAUUCAUUUAGCGAUUCGUUGAGUGAGGAGAGCGAGAGCGAGAAGGUGUCAAGGUGGGAUGGAUGUUCUUCCGAUGAAUGUGUGUUUGAUCAAGAAACAUCUUCUCAUUUGAACGAUCGAUUGGGUCAUCUUUACUUCCAAUACUUCGAUAGAUCAACUCCUUACGGAAGAGUCCCUCUCAUGGACAAGGUAUGUGCGUUAUCUAAAAGAUACCCUGGAUUGAUGUCGCUGAGGAGUGUUGAUCUUUCACCAGCUACUUGGAUGGCCGUUGCUUGGUACCCAAUAUAUCAUAUUCCUAUGGGGAGAACGAUCAAGGACUUGUCAACAUGUUUCUUGACAUACCAUACCUUAUCUUCAUCGUUUCAAGAGCUUGAUGAAAAUGGAUUGUCAAAGAGAAAGAGAAAGGAAGGAAUCUGUGUUCCAGCAUUUGGAUUAGCGACCUACAAGAUGCAAGGUGACGUGUGGAUUUCAAGCAAACAGGAUCAAGAAAAAGUUGUUUCAUUUGUGAGUGUUGCUGAUUCAUGGUUGAGACAGUUGGGUGUCCAACACCAUGAUUUUAAUCAUUUUAUGGGGAAUCGCCGUGGUUGAAGAGAUGUUAUUCUGGGCUUUUUGGCUUUGUUUAAUGGGAUUUUACCAUUUGGAUCAAUUUUCUUUUUGCCUUUUCCGGCUAACCCCGUCGUUGUCCUAUGGGUUUCUAGAACUUUUGAGGAGAGAGAGGAGGAUUGUGUAUAUUGAGGAAUCCGAUGAGCUUCCGGAGGUUUUAUGUUGUUUAAUGUUUUGAAACCUAUAUGCUCCGAAUUUUAAACCCGAUCUUUUUGGUUAUCAUGUUA